AUGUUGGUCCAAUGGCUCCAGAACCAGCCGGCGUUCACCCGCGCAUGGGUGGCGCUGAUCCUUGCCUGUGCCGUGCUUGUCCACUUCAAGCUCGUGCUGCCGGGGGUGCUUUUCUAUACGGGGUCGCGGGCGCCGAUCGAGGUGUGGCGGUUUAUCACCGGGUUCUGUAUCUUUGAAGGCAUCGGCGUGGGGCUUCUCUUCAAGUGCUACACGAUCUUGACGUGGGUGAAAAGCUACGAGGAGGAGUUCCUGGUUCCCUGGCUGCUCUUGCCGCGCCAAGUGGACCAUUUCAGCCCCCACCAGACCCAGGUGCUUCGCCGGCUCCUCGACGACAACCAGCUGAUCGAUUUCUACUGGUUCAUCAUCCAGGUGGCGUUCUCGAUCGUGAUCUUGCCGAUGAUGUUCCCCCUGCUCCGCAACUUCGAGCGCACCGGCUACGUGUUGGAGAGCAUUCUCCAGAACAUCUGCCACUGGCGCCACGCCGCCGACCUCUCGUUUGUGUUUGGCGUGUUCCCCGUGCGCCGCGGCAUGCUUCCGUUCAUGUUUACCGUGGCCAACGUCUUUCUCACCGGCGAGUUCACCCAGGGGGUCGCCGAGUUCGUCACGUCCCCGUGGAGCUGGGACACCUUCCGCGCGAUGUUCCCCGCCGACUGGCUCACCUACUUGGCCGUGGUGUACUUGCUUUCCCAUUUCUGGUGGUACACAAGACACUUCCUCCCCGAACAGACGUACAGCGUGCGCCCCUUGCUCCGCCAGAAGACGUUUGAACGCUACCGGAUGCUGGGCGAAGAGGGCAAUCGCCGGUUUAUCCGUAUGCUCUUGAUGCCGCCGUGGUACGCGGUGUUUAUCCCCCGUAUCGCCGCCAUGCCCCACCCGGUGGUGGUCGAGGCGGAAUUGGCUCACGAUGACGACAACACCAACCCUGCCGACACUGCCGACGCCGGAAGUGUCGAGACUGCCGGCGUCGGCGAUAAUGACGCCACCAAUGUUGGCAUUGCCGACGCCGAAGCCGCCGACGUGGCCCCUGCCGGUGACGACCACGGGUUUGCUGCCCACCCUGACCUCCACGAGCUCCGCCAGCGCCACCCGGCGUGGCAAUGA